UAAUAUUUGUCGGCACUGGCCUCUGUAGUGAAUACUUGCGAAUCGCGCUUAAAAAAUGCAUUAAAAAUAUUAACACAAUUAGUGAAAUUAAAAAAAAAAAAUAAUAAUAAAUACAAUACAUAUAAAUAAUAAACAAUAUGGCUUGUAUAUUACGACCAAAAUUGAAUAAAAUACCUGGCGGUGGUAUGCCCUUGGCUAAAAAGGAGUCUUACGCCAAAGAUCUCACCAAAUUAACCCAGGUGGAAUUAAGGGAAAUUAAAGAACGAGAGGAGAAAUUAUUGCAAAAUAAAUCAAAAUUACAGAAAUUACCCGAUAAAGGCAAACGCAUACAAGACUUCUACGAUAAGGUGCUGCAGGAACUGGAGAGACGUUCCAAUGUAGAUGAAGCUGCCAAAAUCUUUUCCAACUUAAAUAUAGCAUCUCAGGGUGAGAAAGCUUUAAAUGAAUUGGAGUGGCAGGGAAAUUUGAAAAAUUUACAAGAAAACCUAAAUCCUUUGGACGAUGUUUUAGAUAGUGAUGAUGAAACUGAAAUGGACCCCUUAAAGAUAAUAGCUCAAAGACAAAUGCAUGAAAGAAAAGUAAAAGUUGAACCACCCGAAGUUAAGUUAAUAACGGAGGAAGAUCUUAAAGAAAUUGAAUCUUUUAAGACAGAUUCUCCAGAUUCGGGUGUGACUACCGAAUCAAACGGAGAAGAAACUCAGGCAGCGCAGGCUAUAGAAGCUGAAAUUGUGGCCAUAGAUAUUAAGGAAAAAUUAGAUAAUAUUAAGCCUAAAUUACAAACUUUAAACAGUAGUAUCAAUUCUAUUAAUGGAGAGUCUAGGAGUAGUAGUGUUUGCUCGCAUACUUUAGAUUUGGAGCCUCAUGUUCAUUAUUUGGUAGAUAAGACUGAAACGCAUGUACAGCCACCUAUUAGGGAAAAGUUUAAACCUUACCGCACUACCGUCUCUAAUGUACAUGAUCCUGAAAAAGAAAGACAACGUAAACAAGGAAAAAAUUGGGAAGUUACUGCAGCAACACCACCUCCAAUACAGCAUAAUGGUACUCAGCUUCUCAAUUUAAUGGAUUCUGUUGAAAUUCAAGCACAAUAUUUAUUAAAAUUAAAGGAACUCCAAGAAAAACAGGCCGCUGAGCGUUUGGCGGCUAAACUUAAACGUUUAGAAGAUCGUAAAUUGCAACUACCCUCUGAGGAGGAAUUAAAAACAAAACCAUCAUUCACAAAAUAUCGCGAACCCAAGUCACAGACCCAUAACAUUGAGGGUGAACAAAAAUUCAAUGAAGAUGACGAAGUUCAUGAUCCUCUAGACGAGGAAAAGUCAGGCGGUGUAAACUAUACCGUAUACGAGUAAAACAACAGUCAUUCCUCUUCUAUGGCGAGCUGAGCUCUUGCGUUUGUCCUUUCUUUUUUAAUUUGGCUGUCAUUAUAACUUUUAAUAAAUAGUCUAAAUCAAUGUUUUAUUAACAGAUUUUUUAAAUUGAAUAGAAUUGAGUUGCGGUCGAGGCCUGCAAUUCAAUUUGUCCCAUUUUAAA